GCUCCAGCAUCCCGGUGGGCCAAAAAACUGGCGAUUUGGGUCAAUUUGUGGAGGAGAAACGAAUUUCAGCAGCAGGAGGAGGGGGCUGGACACCAGGCGACCCCUUGGCAUCUCUCCUGUUCCGUUAAGCCGAGGCAGUGAGGAGGAGCUGAAGGCGCCCCGAGCCGAACACCAAACGACCAGGAGGAGAAACAAAAUCGCCUCUUUCCUCCCCAAUUUAAACACCCCGACAGAUUUCUGCGUCCCCAGGAGCUCGGGCUUGGUGCUGAGCCCGAACCCGGGGCGUUUUUUUGGGGGGAGCCGUGCCGCGGUUCUCUUCGGCGGCGCCGCUUUUCUUUCCUGCCCUCUCCCGCGAUGGAGGCGAGCCAGAUCCGACCCGAAUGAAGAAACACCGCUGUGCCGCAACCCGAAAAUCAAUAGUGGGGGCCCUGCCAGGCAGACUUUAGCCCUUUUCUGGGGUGAGAGCAGCUCCCGAUCUCUUCGCAGCGCUCAUCCGGACGAUUUUCCUUCCCUUCCUUUACCGUCGGACGCGUGAAACCCGCGGCGAAGUCGCCGGGCACCGCUGCGAGCUCUGGGCUUCGAGUUUUUGGAGCUUUAUCCUCAGCUGCCGGAGGAAAAACCGCGAUCGUUUUGGGGUUAAAUGAGCCUGAAACGGCUUCAGGUCGCUAGCCGCGUCCCCGGUCCUGCCGCAGCGAGGAGGCGAGAGCCAGCGGCGGCAGCGCCAUGAGCGAGGUGGCGGUGGUGAAGGAGGGCUGGCUGCACAAGAGAGGGGAAUACAUCAAAACGUGGCGCCCCCGGUAUUUCCUGCUGAAGAGCGAUGGCUCCUUCAUCGGCUACAAGGAGCGCCCCGAGACCUCCGACCACAGCUUGCCGCCCCUCAACAACUUCUCGGUGGCGGAGUGCCAGCUGAUGAAAACCGAGCGGCCCCGACCCAACACCUUCGUCAUCCGCUGCCUGCAGUGGACGACGGUCAUCGAGAGGACCUUCCACGUGGAUUCCCCCGAGGAGCGCGAGGAGUGGAUGCGAGCCAUCCAGACGGUGGCCAACAGCCUGAAGAACCAGGAGCCGGAGGUGGACGCCAUGGACUACAAGUGCGGCUCUCCCAACGACAGCACCGGGGCUGAGGAGAUGGAGGUGGCCGUCAGCAAAACCCGUGCCAAGGCGACCAUGAACGAUUUCGAUUACCUGAAGCUCCUGGGCAAAGGCACCUUUGGCAAAGUCAUCCUGGUGCGGGAGAAGGCCACCGGCCGCUACUACGCCAUGAAGAUCCUGCGGAAGGAGGUCAUCAUCGCCAAGGAUGAAGUGGCGCACACCGUAACGGAGAGCCGGGUGCUGCAGAACACCAGGCACCCCUUCCUGACCGCGCUGAAGUACGCCUUCCAGACCAACGACCGGCUCUGCUUCGUCAUGGAGUACGCCAACGGCGGCGAGCUGUUUUUCCACCUCUCGAGGGAGCGCGUCUUCACGGAGGACCGGGCUCGCUUCUACGGCGCGGAAAUCGUCUCUGCCCUGGAGUACCUGCACUCCAGGGACGUGGUCUACAGGGAUAUCAAGCUGGAAAACCUCAUGCUGGACAAAGACGGCCACAUCAAGAUCACCGACUUCGGGCUCUGCAAGGAGGGCAUCAGCGACGGAGCCACCAUGAAAACCUUCUGCGGCACGCCGGAGUACCUGGCCCCGGAGGUUUUGGAGGACAACGACUACGGGCGCGCCGUGGACUGGUGGGGUCUGGGGGUGGUGAUGUACGAGAUGAUGUGCGGCCGCCUGCCCUUCUACAACCAGGACCACGAGCGCCUCUUCGAGCUCAUCCUGAUGGAGGAGAUCCGCUUCCCCCGCACGCUCAGCCCCGAGGCCAAAGCCCUGCUGGCCGGGCUGCUCAAAAAGGACCCCAAACAGAGGCUCGGGGGAGGCCCCAGCGACGCCAAGGAGGUGAUGGAGCAUCGCUUCUUCGCCGCCAUCAACUGGCAGGACGUGGUCCAGAAGAAGCUCGUGCCCCCCUUCAAGCCCCAAGUGACGUCCGAGAUCGACACGCGCUACUUCGACGACGAGUUCACCGCCCAGUCCAUCACCAUCACGCCGCCGGACCGCUACGACAACAUGGGCUCCCUGGAGAGCGACCAGCGCACGCACUUCCCCCAGUUCUCCUACUCCGCCAGCAUCCGGGAGUGACGAGCGCCGGGCGAUUCCUCCCACCAGGGGACCCGGGGGGGCUCUGCCCCACCCCCGGGGGGGGCUCUGCCCCACGCUUGGGGGGGCCGCGGGAGGCCGCAGCGGCCGCAGCCUCGCUCCGCGGCCGGCACCGAGCUGCUCCUCCCUCCCCCGAGCGUAGGACUGCUUUUUAUUUUAUUUUAUUGUUUUAUUAUAUAUAUAUUUUUUAAAACUCCUAGAAGUGCUCGCAGCUUUUUUAAACGCCCCCCCCCGUGGCCCUUCAGGGCCUUUCUCCCCUCUUUCCCCCCCCCUCCCCCAGUACCCCCCAGUGUUCCCAGUAAGGAGGUGCGGGCUCCAGCUCCCAAAAUCGCCGGGGCGGGGGAUUCUGCCCCAAAAGCAAUAUAAAUAUAUAUAUAUAUAUAUUUUUCCUUUUUCUUCGAUGCCUUAAAGCCGGGAUGCUGUCACCCCGCUGGGGCAGGGGGGCCGGGGCCCUUGUCACCUCCGUGUCCCCCCCCCCCGCCCCCCCUCCCGGUGGGCUCCGUUGCCGGCGAUGGAGCCGGUGGCACCGCGCGCCCCGGGUAGGGGGGGUUGGGGGGGGACGGGGGGGGGGGGUCCUCGGGGUCGCGCCGCCGUCACCGCCGGGCCGGUGACGAGGUGGGGGCGCGUGUCCCCCCCCCCCCCCUUUUUUUCCCCCCUCCCUCUUCCUGCCCAAAAUUUGGAGUCGAAUUAACUUAAAAACCACCAAAUAAAGAAAAAUAGCGGCACAGGACCCCCCGGGGGGGGGGGGCACAGGACCCCCGGGGGGGGACAUGGGGGCGGGGGGGGGGGGGUCCUGGUGUCGCGGCGGCCGGCGGCUGCUUUCGCCCGCCCUCGGAUUUGUACGGUACAAGCAAUAAAACGUUGGUUUUUUUGUUGGUUUU